AGAAGCAGUAUAUAUAUCAUGCUUCGAAACUACACGGGAAAUGGUUAGGAAUAGCACAAUACAAGUGCUGUAAAUAUAGAUAUUGCUGGAAUAUAUUUGUGUAUUGUGCUUUUUUAUCAUGGCCGCACAACGGUUCUACGUACUCCUCGCCGGUGUGGCUGUUUUGCUGGUCGGCAUAAAAAGCGACGUGAAGACAGUGAAGCCAUUAAACGGCAACCGUAUCCGCACGGUGGAAAUCCCGGAGAAUGAACCGAUGACCUUUGAAUGCAGCAAUGCCAAUCAGCCGUAUAUGGACCUGAAAUCCGCACUCUUCCUGGAAACUUACGUCUUUGAUAAAAAACAGCAAUCAUGCCGGCUGACCCCGAGCUUCUGCCAGCCCAGUUCCAAUCUACUGCGCCUUCCGGACGGGAUUGCACCCAUGUUCAGCGACUGCUUCAACCAGCGCACGUGCACCUUGUCCUUUGAUAAGACGGACCGGAUGUCUUUGGGUCAGUGCGGCCUGGCCACGCCUAUGCGGCUGGUGGUGACCUACAACUGCUCCGAUGUGCAAGUGGAGCUGCCCAAGCCGGACGAAACACUGAAGAAUGCAUUGUUUGAUAGCCCCUCCUGCAACAUGAACUCCAAAUUGCGACGAGCUUGCGGCUAACGACUCUGAGUUUAUUGUCAUCCUCAAAUAUAUCGGCCAACUCCCUAGUCUAAUCCUUAAAUAAUGGUCAUAUCAAGGUUAUAUUGUCAGGAUAUGAGUACUUCUAGUGUACUUACUUUCGAAACCAGUAAUGAAUACUUGGACUUACGUGUACGUACUUUAUAAACGAACGUCGAACUACAAAUUAAUAAAGGUACCAAACAUAUUUUGGUAAUCUACACAGAUGAAUGUUGAAAUUUAUGGAUAUGCGCUUACCUAAAGCCGGCUAAAGGUAAGAGUUCCAAAAACGAUUGCGCACAUGCUCACUUGUACUGUACCUACUCUAAACUUAAACGAUCUCACAAUAUUGUCUGUCGUCGGCAUUAUAUGUAAGUUCCCAGCGUGAUUAACUCCAUGGAACAAUACCAUAAAAAUGAACUAAAAUCGUUUUAUCACCGCCAGGCGCGCCACUAAACCGAACCUUUGUCAGGAAAUUUAACCCCGAACACGUUACGGAUCACAAGUACAGACUCUGUAUGUCGAUCAACUAGCACUGUCGUGUUUUGAAUUUUUUUAUUAAAUUGUUGAGUCCAUUACCAUUUGGUCCAAUCCAAUGCCGAUAAAUUCACAAAAAAUAAUGUUCUCGUAAUUCAUGUGGGUUGUAAAACUUUAUGACCUUUGUGUAUACGGUCUUUCUUUAAGUUCCGGUUUAUAAUGGCUGGCAUGUAACCGGUGCAGCAAGGUAGUUAACAAAGUCUCAUUUCUCGGUUUUACUCAACAUCACGCAUUAUAAUGUCCUGCACUUUAAACACUGCUCAGAAAACAGUCGCAGAUAUUUAUGUACUAGUACCGUUUACACAUCACCCAGAAGAUGGCCGGAUGGUACACGCAUAUGAAACAUUUAUAUGUCAUUCUGAUAAUUGGCGGCAUUUUUGCCGCUCACGCCGUCAGCACAGUCGUCACAUCGUACUCGGAUGAGCGCGAACGCAUUGUGGAGUUCGCUGAGGACGAGGAUGUGGAACUGCAGUGCAGCACCAACACGGAACCCUAUAUGAACAUAGUCUCGGCGCGUUUCAUGGAGUCCUACCAGUACAAUGUCAAGUCCGGACGCUGUCAGAUCUCGCCGACCUUUUGCCAGGGUACUACCGUGCCGAUUAUGGAGUCGCAGCUGGGAAGCUGCUUCAAUACACCGUCCUGCCAACUGCGCUACACCAGAGCCGACCGGCAGAGAGCGUCCAACUGUGGAUUAUCGAUGCCCAUGCGACUGGUGGUGAGUUUCAGUUGCCAUCACAAGCCGGUACCGAAACCGCCACCACAGAAACAAGUUAAUAGUAUGUACAACUCUGCCACGUGCGGACUGUCAUUUUUCCGGAAACUGUGCGGCUGAUAAAAUAUUUUCAAGGCAUGGUCAAACAAUCUUUGCUGUUCUUUGUUUUAUAAAAAGAGCUACAUUGAGUUUGUCCUUGAAACCAUGCACUUUCAUCUGAUGUCUAACAAAACCGCUGCAACGAAAUAAAAAUCCAAAUAUGACAGUUUAACGACAGUAUCUUGAAGAUCGCAGUGACUGGCAGACGGACGGAAGUUUCUUUUUAUCUCCCUGCAAAACGGCCAGCGUUAAGCUUGAUUGAUUCGUACAUAUUAACUGGAUUCA